AUGUACUUCGUCAUGACAACAGGCCAGACAUUCUCAGAGAAAAUCGGCCGAGUCGUGACUAGUCCCGAGGCAUGUUUGCUCGACUGGCCGAUCACCGACCUUGGUCGAGAUCAGAUCAAGGAGGGUGUGAACUCUUUGCAGGACCUCAGAACACAGGUCUGGCCUCUAUGGAAGCGUCGAAACAAGCUUGCUAUCCUUGCGAGCGGCCAGAAUGAUGAGAGGGUGGGAUUGAUGUCGUUUUUGUUCAUCCACCUUGACUUACUGCUCAAGCUCGCACACAAGAUGAUGAAAACAACGUUUAUUGGAUGGAAACUCCUUAGAAACAAACAGAAGAUGGUUCCAAGGAGGGGGGAUUGUCAAAAACCCGAGCAGAUAGUUUGCCGAGUACAAUCGAGCUCAGAUUUCAAGUCGGCGAAGCAAACCACAACGUAUCUCCUGCCUAUGUUUCUUGUCUGCAAGGAGCUCCUAACUCUUACUGAAAGCGUCGUGUGCGAUUUGCUGUCGAGAGACGAGACGGUGUCGGACAUCAAUGUGCAACACACCAAACUUCUGCGAGAAAGAUACCUCGGAGCCAAGAGAGAGUUGGGGGGAUAUGACAACUGCAUCAUGUAUGAUUUUCAGAUUCAUGCGCUCGAUAUGCUGGAUAGCUCACAUUCAUUGGGGGGAGUAGAAAGCUGCGAGAAGGCGUUGAGCAGAUUUCUGCAGCUGGUGCUCGAGAUCGAGCUGAGUAUUUCGGAGAAACAGGCAAAAAAGUUGCGACCAAGUCUCGACGACACUGAAACUUGUCUGUUUGCAAAGAUUGUCCUGAUAACACAUGUCCAAAUGGCAAAGAUCAUCCUCACCGUGUUCGCGAACGUUCAACCGGGGUUGCACCAGGAGCUGCCUGACUUGGAGAACGGAGGAGUGACGGAAUUGAAAUUCUCUUCGAGCAGAGGAGCUGCUGUCCUCGAUGAGCCCGAGGACCAGGAUGAUGGGGAGGGGAAGGCGCCGCAGAGGAAGGCGGAGAGGAGCCUGCGGAUCUACCUCUCGGUAUCCGCUGGGAGGGACAGGGAGCGCGAUGUGGUUCUGGAGGAAGUUAUACCCAAGAUCUUCGAGAAGUGCUCCAGGAGAUCCAUCGCAGUUUCGUAUGUGGACAACCGGCACUCCUGGGACGAACUUGACGAGGACACAAUUCACGACCGAUUGGAUACGCUCAAAACUUGCAAUGUCUUGAUAUGUAUCAUGGACCCAGUGCAAGAAUCGCGGAGUGGACUGAGCUCAACAGCGUUGAUGCAGAUGUCGCUGACCGAACUCUCUCGGUCCUUUUUCGCGCUGGUCCAGUCGCACAAUCCCUUCAUGCCAACCAUCUCCAACGUCAAGACCCUAGACGAGGCUCUCCAGGAAUUCGUCGCAGCCGAGUGCAAGUCCGCCAGUGACCUUGAGAGGAGGAAGCUGCUCACUCAGAACCCUCACGCGCUGCGUUAUGAGAUCGACAAGGCGGAGAGGAGCGCAACAGACGCUGUUGUCAAGGAGAUGAAUCAGAAGCUCCCGGGGCUCCUGGAGUUUCAGAGCAUCAUGAGGUACAUCCGAUCCGCUGUAAACUUUGAAUCCGAGAUGCCCGAGGAGGAGGUGGAGGAAAAACUUAUCUCGCUGACGAAAAAAUAUUUUGAGGAGGAAAUGGAGGAGAUAGAGAGGAGGAAGAUGCUGCGAAGCUUGUUCUGGCUUGGGUCGAUUUUUCAGAGCACCCAAGACAAGCCUUCGUUCUUGAUUCAAAUUAGCAAAAAUCUUUCUUUCCAACGAUCUCUACAUAAGGCAGCCGAGAAGUAUCCCUGGGCAACGAUGUGGUUUGAUGCGACACUUCUCGGGCUGGAGAUGAGACUUGCGACGCUGAGCAGGUUCCUGAAGAUAGGUUGUCAAGAUCGUCAAGACGAAACUCCAGGUUGGCAGGUCAAGAUGAUGCUUGCGCAGCUCUUUGACUUCUUUCGUUCUCCAGAGGUGAACGAUUCGCUGGAUGACCUCGUGAAGCUGGGGGUUCAGCCAACUGACUACGAGGAUCCGCACGAGGUGGUAGAUGCGCUGCUCGUCGACAUGGAGACCCUCUUGAACAACAUGUUCCCUGUUGAGGAUGUCCUAGAGAGCAUGUUCGAAGACAAGUUGUGGCACGACGAGAUUGCAAAGAGCAAGUCAUCGGGCAUUGUAAUGAGCUCGAGGGUUUCUACAGUGAUUCGAAGUCAUCUUGAGGGAAACUCCAAGGUUUUGAUGUCGGAGGAGGUGUACAACAGUAUGGAAGAUGUAAAUCGCGGGUUGAUCGUUGUCGGAACACCAGGAUCAGGAAAAUCCUCUGCGCUGGCUGUAGCUGGGCUGUCGCACAGACUCUCGCAGCCUGACGACGUGGUUAUCCUCCACUUUGCCAACAGCAGCGCCAAGUCCAGGGACCCAUGGCGCGUCCGUGAAUGUUCCCGCAGGCUGACGCUGGAGGUCUCGGGGGAGGAGUCGAGGCACGUGCUGGGAAAGUCGACGAGGGAUGUAAAUCACGUGGUGGAGUGUUUCUACCUUGCGAUGGAGAAGUCGCACCUGUCGAGGGGAGGGAGGAGCAACGUUGCCGUCUUGUUGGAUGGGAUUGACAUGAUGGAUGAGAGCGAGACAAACUUUGACAUCUGGCUGCCGCUAUACUUUCCUUCAACCAUUCGCUUCGUUUUGUCUUGCCCGGUUGAAAACCAGGAGUUGGCCGACUAUUCGCUUGUCGACGUUGACGACGGAGGCUCGCAUGGCCGUGUGCUCGCUGACGUUGAGGAGGCAGCACAUGCGAACGCGAUCAUACGCGAGCUGAAGCGAUCGAGGGACGUGCAAGAAGUCUACCACAACAUGCUGUGCGAGCUCGAAAGGAACAUGGGCGACGACGUCAAACACUCGCUCUGCCUCCUGUGCGUAUCCCAGCGAGGGCUGCAGGAGCACGAGCUGUACGAGCUGCUGCGGUUGGAGGGGAACUCCAGCUACCUCUGGCUGUACAAGUUCCUGCGGGCGAUGAAGGAGAUCAUAGUGCCCAUAUGCGGAUACCUCAAGUUCUUUCACGCACUGUUUCAGUCAGCCGUCGAGAACAAGUACUUCAAAGAUGCGGAUACGAGGCUGUCAUAUCACAAACGUCUCGAGGUUUACUUCAGGAGGAGGCCGGUUCACUUCAAGAGGAAGAUGGAAGAAUUUCCCUUCCAACUCUCCCAGCUGAUCAUGAGGAGGAGGGAAAUGUUGGCAGCCAAGGAGGAGGGGGAGGAGGGAGGGAGGCCGAAGGCGGAGGAGGGAACUGUUGCAAGGAAGCCGAUCAAGUUCAGGAGUGCUGUGGAGGGACUUGUCUUUGUGCACCGUUUGAAGAAGCAUAGCAAAGUGAACCCGAAGCAGCUUCCCCUCCAAGAUGAUCUGUGGACAGAGCAGGACUUGUUGGAGAGCUACCUACUUGUUCCAGGCGUUCUCCGCGGGUUUUCGACAGCUCUGUUCCAUGCUGAUCUCUGCGCGUACUGGAAGGUGAUCUGCUCGACACCUGGUUCGCUGGCAACCGUGUCAGACAAGUACAUCGGCUCCUUCCAGCAGUACGUCUACGAGACAGGAGACAAGGGUCUGCUCCCUUUCCUCCUCUUCUCAGCUGGGUUCCUGCUGGAGGACCUGGACCAGUUCCGCCCUGCUAGCAAAGUGUACAUCGAAUGCCUGCGAUCGAUCGAACAUUUACAGUUGCUUCAUCCUCUGCUCCUCAACGCUCUCAAGUAUGGAAGAAAUCUGCUGCUGCUGCUGCUGCUGCUGCCACUUUCUCUGCUGCUUCUGCUGCUGCUGCUGCUGCUCGUGCUCGUGCUGCUGCUCCUGCUGCUCGUGCUCCUGCUGCUCCUCAUCAUCAUCAUGAACUUCAGCUGA